AUGACUUGCUCACAUUGUGGAGAGAACAGAAUCGAAUAUGAUACCGCUGCUGGCCAUGCUUUUUGCCCAAAAUGUGGUUUUGUUGUCGAAGAGAGUAAGAUCGUAUCCGAAGUUACUUUUGGAGAGAGCGCGUCAGGCGCUGCGAUUUUACAAGGAUCUUACGUUGGAGCUGACCAAAAUAUUGAAUUUUGUGCUGAUAUUGAAAUAUCAGGAAGGGCGAGAUCCGCUGGUCCUUAUCGUCGACAUUCAAGCUUGGACUCAAGAGAACAAACCAUUGCAAAUGGGCGACGGCAAAUCCAAGCUUUAGCUACUGCGCUGAGACUUUCUGAUCACCUGAUGGAAGCUGCGCAAAGAUAUUUUAACCUCGCGAUUACCAAUAAUUUCAUCCAGGGUCGUAAGACCCAACUUGUCGUCGCUGCUUGUCUCUACAUUGUAUGUCGUACAGAGAAGACCAGCCAUAUGUUGAUCGACUUCUCGGAUAUUUUACAAGUGAAUGUUUUCACAUUGGGAUCUACAUUUUUGAAAUUGGUACGAACGCUUCACCUUGUUCUUCCAUUGGUUGAUCCAUCAUUAUACAUCUCAAGAUUCGCAUCCUUGUUGGAAUUUGGGGAAGAAACUCCAAAAGUAGCUUCAGAUGCAAUGCGCCUUGUGCAGCGAAUGGACCGUGAUUGGAUGCAAACAGGCAGAAGGCCUGCUGGUAUAUGCGGAGCAUGUGAGUACGAAUUCGGUAUUUGGGGCUUCGUCAAUAUAAACAAACCACAUGACAUAAGUUUAUUGAUUUCUGCUCGGAUGAACAACUUUCAGAGAAGUAUCAAGGAAGUCAUUGCUGUCGUGAAGACGGCAGAUGUGACCAUUAAAAGAAGACUUGAAGAAUUCAAAGUUACCCCCACGGGUAAACUUUCUGUUCAAGACUUCAGGAAUAUAUGGCUUGAACCACAAUGUGAUCCUCCCUCAUUCACGCGGGCAUUAAAGACGGCAAAAUUACCCAAAGACAAUCGACAAGUAGCUGAUUCGACAUUAAGAGAUGUGGAUGAGAAUGAAGAAGUAACAGCUGGAUCUUCAAGUGGUGACACCGGUUCAAAAAGAAAGAGAGAUCUCACCGAUUUUGAUGGAGACGAAAUUCAGUUACAAACCGAAUUUAUACAGGAAAUUUUCGACCUUGACGGGAACAGCUCUCAAAAUAUUCCAACGUCUCAAAAUGAUGAGAUGGUAGGGAAAAAAAGAAAGAGAGAUCUUACCGAUGUUGACGAAGAAGGUCCUCCAGCACGUACUGAUAAAGGAAAAAGGCCGAUGCAUGACUUGGAGGAAGAAACAGAUCGCGCGUUAGAAGAUGAAGUGAACUCCUUCCUAGGUGAUAAGUACUUGAAGAAGGUUAGCACCGACUUGGAAGAGUUGGGAUCUGAUCUUGAUGAAGACGAAGAAGUUAGAAACGCCAUCUUGACCGAAGACGAAGUCAUACUUAAAACACAGGUCUGGAUGGAGCUAAAUGGGGAGUUUUUGAUGGAAAUGGAGGGUGAAAAAAGGAAGCAGCAAGAGAUCGAUAGGCAAAAUGGGAUUGGGGUUCGUAGGCAUAAACGACCAAGAAAAAGCAGAAAUAAUGAUCCUACCGUUUCUAGCACGCCAGCAGAAGCAGCAAGGAAGCUCUUUGAAGAGAGAAAUCUCUCAAAGAAAAUUAACUUUAAGGUAUUGGAUAAUCUUUUGGAAAAUUUAACAGAAAGUAUCCCUACUUCUCCAACAUCAUGGCGGGAUUAUGAUCCUACAAGCAUAAGUGGCUCAGGGAUCUCACGCGGCAUAAAUUCAGAAAGAAAUAGAUCACCUGAAGAGGAAGAUUAUGGAUGGAAUCGUCGAACUUUGAAGCUUAGCAACAAUAAAGAUAUGCAAUAUGGAAAUAGUGCCGCAACUACUCCAGGGUUAACUGAAGAUGGUGAAGAUUAUGUUGAAAACGAUAAUAAUGAAUACGAAUACGGAGGGGAUCCAUAUGAUGAGUUUAAUGAAGAUGUUUACUGA